CAAACAACCACUGCAGGCAGUCCUAAUGGAUCUGAAAGGGCGAUAUGAUGCUAUGGUGGAUUUGGAGUGUGAGGGAGAAGUUACGAAGGAUAGUUCUGCCUCAUCCUGUCAUCGAAGUUGUAAACAUUGACACGAAGGGGAGAUGGGGCCCUACACAACUUGCGUAUAGGCCCGCCCGGCUCUGCCCAACAGACCGCUCCAGUCCUGACCACUCACCAAUGUUCCCACACAGCAACCUCAGCCCAAGUCAAGUUGCUCAACCAGCACUGGAAACUGUAAACUUACCAGCUCCAGUGAACUCAAAGAUCGCCACGAAAGUCUGCAGAGCGCAGGUACCCUGAAAGGAUCCGUAUGGUUCCAAAAAAAAACUUGCCCUGUAAAUAAACCGAAACAAAAGAGUGCUCAGUUAAGAGAGUUCAAAGACUAGAAAAUAAAAAAGACUAAAAAAAGGUAAAAGGAGACGUUCUUAGUUCAGUUGUUGAAGUUUAUUGAAAAAAAAUCUUUAAAAAGAAAAUCAAAAGCAUAAUUUUUUUUUUUUUUAAUUCAAAAACCCGACCUCAAAUUUGUAUCUCAAACAGACCGUUGAGAAAAUGAUUGCUUUUGCCUCAGAGGAUGAUGAACUGGCCAAUCAGCGAUCUACUGUCGUUGUAAGGACAGACGCUGGAAGACGAGAAGCAAGUACAGGGAGUGAAGAUUUAAUGGAAAAAAAACAGACAGGAAACAAACCACGGAGAGCGUCUGGACAAGGGAAAUAUAACGACAUUAAUGCUGACACGGGGAUCAAACUGAGGAAUAGACCGAGGAGGUAAUCAAUAAAGUGAUGGAGUCCAGGAAAAAGGAGGAAAAUUCAGUGGGAUGUUCAAAAGAUCCUCUAAACCAGCAGAACACUCAGUACCUGUGCAGGAUCAUUUGUCUGUAAACACUGAGCUCUCAGCCAGCAACGUCAGCCUCAACAACAACACUAAGGAGAAAGGAGGGAUGUUCAAAGGAAUUUUAAAGAAGUCUCCCAAGCCUUCCCAAGAUGUAACACAUGCUCAGGAUCAUUUGUCAACAGACAGUGAGCUUUCAUCCAGGCGAGGCAGCGAUGACAGUCUCAUUGUCAACAUCAACACUAAGGAGAAGGGGGGAGUGUUCAGUGGAAUGUUUAGAAAAUCCCCCAAGCCCCUGGGGACUAGGACACAUUCUCAGGGUAAUCUGGAUGACCUAUCUACUCACAGUGAUCUCUCAGCCAGCACUGCCAGUCUCUCGGAAAAGACCCCGAAGGAUAAGGAAAGGGAUGAAGACCUAUCAGGCUCUAGGGAGAAACUCACCUUUUCUGACAAACACUUUGAAGCCAAGCAGGGUGGCAUAAUGGGGAAGCUGUUCAGGAAUCCAUUUAACUCCUCAACUCAGGAUAAGGAGAGGACUGAAGACACAUCAAGAUCAAGGGACAAACUAAUGUCAUCUGAUAAACAUUCCAAUGCCAAAGAUGUCAAAAGCAAUCUUAUCCAGAGAGAUAGGAAGGAAGGAACUGAAAUGCCAGCAGUUGCUCCUAGACCCACUGAAGAGGAGCUGAAGGGUACAGCCUUACAUGACCAACUGAAGAAGAGAGAGAUGGGUGAAAAUCAGGCUAACAGGAAUAUGAUCCCGAGAGAGAGGACGGAGAAAACUGCUGAAACUCCAGAGGUUCCUCCCAGACCUACAGAAGAGGAGAUUAACAUACCAGCCAGACUUGGUCAGCAAAAAAAUCAAAAAGACAAUCAGGACCAAUCUGAUGAUCUUAAAGAGGGUGAAUCUCUCCUCACUGGGGAAAAGGAGGAGGGAGAAGACAAGGACGGAGAGGCCAAGAUGAGAAAACCUAGGCGACACAAUCCGUUCAUGCCACGCGGUGCAGGAGGCAAGGGUAAAGCCAUGCCGAAGAAGGUUGAAACCCAGCCGGGAGCUACAGGCAGUGACUCAAAAGAGAAUGACGGUGGAAAUAAAUCUUUAUUCGACCAAUUGGAAGAAUUCCGUGUUAAUCCGGCAGAGCCAGAGGAGCAGCAGGAUAUGGAUGGCCUGAUGGACUGGUGGGGCACAGUGGAGCAGUGGGAAGACAUGCCUCAAGAUGAUGACUUGACUGAAAAAGAGGAGGCCAAGGCGUUUGCAGUGACAGCUGAGAAGGUGCAGAAAGGUAUCCGUGUGUUCAACAAGCUGUUCUCAGAGCGUGCAGAGAGCCUGUGGCAGCACGUCAUUGACCUGAACAGCAUCGCAGAUGCCCUCGACUGCUUCAACAAGAAGACCAAGAUCGCCCAAAUCACUGGCGGCUCCACCAGCGCUGUAGGAGGCGUGUGUACCAUUGUAGGCCUCGCCCUGGCCCCUGUCACCAUGGGAACCUCCCUGAUCAUCACAGCGGUGGGACUGAGCGUGGCCACAGCGGGCGGUCUGACCUCAGCCGGAGCUGGACUCUCCAACACGGUCAACAACUCCAUGGACCGUAAGAAGGUGGAGGCCAUCGUGACGGACUACCAGAAGAAGAUGACCGACAUCAACAAGUGCAUGCUGUUCAUCAAGCAAGGGAUAGAGAGCCUGCGCAGGUUCGAUCUGCUGAAGAUGAAGAAGCAUGCGUACAACCGUGACUUCCCGGGCCUCAACAACAUCUAUGAGGACGGUGCCAUGGCUGGGAAGGCCAUCCUCAUCAACGCCAACGAGAUCAUGCGUGUGGUGCAGAUAGCCAACGUGGCUGGCAGCACCGCGGCCAGGGCUGUCCAGAUUGCCAGCAUGGCCACCGGAGUGCUCACCGGCCUCUUUGUGGGCAUGGACAUCUACUUUGUGGCCAAGGACUCCAAGGAGCUGAAGAAGGGAGCCAAGUCUGAGUUUGCAGCCAAGAUCAGGGAGGUGGCGACCCAGCUGCAUGAUGGACUGGUGGAGCUUAAUGGCAUACGGGUUGAGCUGCAGUCCACAGAUCCAGACAACACCAAUGGCACCAACACCCCAGACAGUACCAAUAAUCGGAAAAAGCUGGACAGUGAUGACGACACAGACAAUUAUAAAACUUCUGACAGCAAAAGCAUUGUUGAUAACAGCAAUACUGCAGAUAACAGCCAAAAGACCAGCAAAGCCUAAACUGUACUUCAUUCCAACCCAUCUCUACAACUACACAAACUAUCCUGUCAGCAUUGAAACGACUCGAAGCUGGAACUCUGAGGCUAUGAUUCAUAUGUCUCUCUUUGAUGGCACAAGCACCAAUGCCUGAAACUUUUGUUUGACAUAGACUGCGCAUAGGCAGGUGAAAAGAUGACAUCACCAGUCACCACUGGCUAGGGUGAAGAAUUAUUAUUAAAACUCUCUGUAAUAUCUGGGGAAAUUAUAUGUUGUACGACAAGCCCAUGUCCACAUUUUGUAAUUGUAGAUGUGUGCAUUGAGCCUGUCUUGACAACAUUAUCUACAGUACUUUAUGAAACGUAAGGGUUGUGAGCUAAAGCAAUUUGUUCGUGGUGGCAGGAAACUGUUCAGAGAUGCAAAUUAUGAAAUGAGGUUACAAAAUGUUAAAAAUACAUUCUCAGGCACAUUAUUGAAGGGAUCAUGCUAACAGUCUUUCCUUAGAGCCAAAUGUAAAAGCGAAAUAUAAUAUUUUCAAGUUCAGCCAAAUACGUAUUUUGAUGGUUUAGAUUAUUCAUAGGCUAUGUAUUUACAGUAUGAAGGGUAUGGGUUUAGUCACUAUUUGAUUCCUAAGACUAUUGCUUGUUACAUUGCUUUGUUUUAUUUUUUAGGUUGGUAGAGGAAUAUUAGUUCAUAUUGAAACAUUCAGGUUUUUAUCAAGUCUAAUAUGUUCUAUUACUGUUGCGUGCCUUCCUCAUUUAUAUGAUGCCUUUCAAGCACUUUAGGAUUAUUCUAUUUCCCUGUCUCGGGUUAAAACUAUACGUUUGAUGUCAUGGAUGGUCAGUCCUUGCAUCUUUAGCUCCAUCUAUGAAUUUGAGAGUGGGUACAUAUGUCCAGGCUCAUCUCUCAGCUUUAACCAAAACAGAGGCAGGCUGGCCAAUUUGUUUAUUGUUUCAUAGAAGGAUUCUAGCUUUAAUUCUAGUAUAUUUUUGUUGUCAUUUUUCAUUGGUCAACUUUAGUCGUUUUUUUGUAUUUAUUUAAAGAUAUAUGAAAUGUAAUAAGUUGCCAAUAAACUUUGAAAUGUAUGUUAACAUUUGUCAACAUACAGUUGUUAACAUACAGUUCUUUGAAUUCCA